AUGGGUUCAGGUAAGACAUUUAACCUCAUUCGUCAUAUACUCAUAACAGAGCGUUUAGGAAACGACUCUUACUAUGACCAAAUCAUUAUAUCAGCAACUUCAGACUCUAUGGACUCAACAGCGAAAACAUUUAUGUCAAAAGUUCAAGCCUCAGUCGUUAAAGUUCCAGAUAGCGAACUCAUUGAAUUUCUUCAACGUUACAUUCGACGUAAGAGAAAAUAUUAUGCUAUUGUAGAGUUCAUACAGUCAGGAAUGCAAAAGACUUCAGAAGAGAUGGAAAGAAUUAUUGACAAACACCACUUACGUCAAUACUCAGGAGUUUACGAUAUGAAAAGACUUACAAACUACAUUCUGUCAAAACUUUCAAAAUACCCCUUCAAAAAGUAUCCAUCAAACACUUUAUUAGUUUGUGACGACUUCGCCGGAAAAGGUUUAGUGUCAAAACCAGACUCACCAUUAGCUAACAUCAUAACUAAAGUCAGACAUUACCAUUUAACUGUAGCAAUACUUAUGCAAACAUGGCGUUUCCUUGCUUUAAACAUAAAACGUCUCAUAACUGACUUCGUUAUCUUUCAAGGUUUCUCACGCUAUGAUAUUGAACUCAUUUGGAAACAGUCAG